AUGGCGGAUCAGAUCCCUGCGGCUCAGAUAGAUGAAGAGGACAUGGAGACACGGAUCUGUGGAGUGCGACACAUGUGCACUCUGACUCUGCUGCUGGUGUCCGUGUGUCCGCUGUGCUGCAGAGCCAGCUGGAUGUGGUUGGGUGUGACCGCGGAGGGAGUGCCGGAGAAGCUGGGCUGUGCUAACCUCCCCCUGAGCCACAGGCAGCGGGAGCUGUGCCGGAAGAAACCGUUCCUGCUGCCCAGCAUCCAGGACGGAGCCCGGCUGGCCAUCACUGAGUGUCAGAGUCAGUUCAGACACGAGAGGUGGAACUGCUCCACCACCACCGAGCCGUCCGUGUUCGGGUCCGAGUUAACGAGCGGAACCAAAGAAACAGCGUUUAUCUACGCAGUCAUGGCGGCGGGGCUGGUCCACGCCGUCACGCGGUCCUGCAGUCAGGGCAACAUGACGGAGUGUGGCUGCGACGCUCGGCUGCAGGGCAGUGGCUCGACAGAGGAGGGCUGGCACUGGGGCGGCUGCUCAGACCACAUCCAGUACGGGACCUGGUUCAGCCGCAAGUUCAUCGACAAUAGCGUCAAAAACAUGUCGACGAGUAGAGGAGGGUACACACUGGUCACCAUGAACCAGCACAACACAGAGGCUGGACGGCAGGCGAUUGACAAAACGAUGUCCACAGACUGUCGUUGUCACGGCGUUUCUGGUUCCUGCGCGGUGAAGACGUGUUGGAGGACAAUGGCGGCGUUCGAGCGUGUGGGCAUGUACCUGAAGGAGCGAUACGAGCGCAGUGUUCAGGUGUCAGACCGCUCGAGGAAGAAGCCGAGGAGGAAGGACCAGCGUCUCUUCCCUGUCGACAAACACCAGCUCAUCUUCUUCAACAAGUCUCCCAACUACUGCCUGGAGGACCGGCGGCGGGGUGUCGCCGGCACCAGAGGACGCCGCUGCAACCGGACGUCUGCCGGGCCGGACGGCUGCAACCUGCUGUGCUGCGGCCGAGGAUACAACACACACGUGGUGAGACAUGUCCAGCGCUGCGAGUGCAAGUUCGUCUGGUGCUGCUACGUCCAGUGCAGGCGCUGUGAGAGCAUGAAUGACAUGCACACCUGUAAAUAA